AUGGCGCUGGCGAUGCUGCGGGACUGGUGCAGGUGGAUGGGCGUGAACGCACAGCGCUCACUGCUGCUCCUGGGCAUCCCGGAAGACUGUGCCGAGGAAGAGUUUGAGGAGGCUGUCCGGGCUUCCCUCUGGCCCCUGGGCCCGUGCCGAGUGCUGGGCAAAGUCUUCAGGAGGGACUUGGGAACUAGGGUCGCCUUGGUGGAAUUCGCUGAUUAUUUAAACCGUAGCGUGAUCCCCCGACAGAUUCCAGGCAAAGGGGGACCCUGGAGGGUGGUCUGCUUGCCCCAGGUCCCUGAUAUUGAGCUAGAGGGGACUCUAGCUUCCCGAGAUGAGCUUCCAGGCCCCGUGCCGGCUGGCAGGGCAGGUGAGGCGGUAGGCACAGCUGAGGGAGCCGCAGGUGUGGCCAUGGCAGGUGCCAUAGGGGUCUCAGAUGAGGCAGCUGCUCCGUCUGAAGGAGGAACUGCAGGCGAGGCAGGAGGCACCAGUGAAAGUGGAAUGGAGCCUGUGACGAGCACAGCAGCUGAGGCAGGAGAGGCAAGUGUGGAGGCUCAAGGAAUGGUAGUGGCCUCCGAAGAGGUAGAAGGUCUGUUAGAAAGGGAAGCAGCAGCUGAGGCCGGAGUGCUAGGUGAUUCAGGCUAUGAGGAUGUGCCAGCGGGUACAGGCGAGGUAGCAGUGGAGAAUGUGGCUGGCUCCUCAGGUCAGAAAGGAGCAGCAGGUGGAGUAGGAGCAGCUGGAGAGGAAGGACGAGCAGUUGAAGCAGGAGAAGAGGCUGGAGCAGUAGGUGGGGCAGCUGGAGCGGCAGUGGCAGGCUACGAGGAUAUCAGGGCAUGGGGCGAGGCAGCAGCCCCUAGAGAAGGAAGAAGGCCCCCAGAUUGGAUGCGUAAGUGGAAGAAUGCUCUGCCACCUAUGUUGGAGAACCUGCGCGUUCAGGAGCUGAGGCCCUUUUCAGGUCAGGAAGCAGCAGAUCCUGAAGAAGAGCCCUUCGAAGUCUGGGUGGAACACGCCUACAACAUGCUGUACCUGUGGCGCCACCUGUCAGAGAAAGAAAAGAAGCGGCGCCUGGUGGAUUGCCUGAGCGGCCCAGCCCUGGAUGCUGAGGCAGGGGCAGAAGCAGAGGCUGAGGCAGAAGCAGAGGCUGAGGCAGGGGCAGAAGCAGAGGCUGAGGCAGGAGCAGGGGCAGAAGCUGAGGCAGGAGCAGAAGCAGAGGCUGGGGCAGGGGCUGAGGCUGAGGCUGAGGAAGAGGCAGAGAUAGGAGCAGCAGCACACGUAGAGGCAGAGGAAGAGCCAGAUUGGAUAGAAGCAGUUGAAGCCAGAGUAGCAAAUGGGAUAGAAUUCCAAAUCGAGGCUGGAGCAGCAGGUGAGGCAGCAGCUAUAGGUGAGGGCGAGGUAUUUGGAGCAGGUGAGGCAGCUGGAGCAGGUGAGGCAGGAGCGGCCGGUGAUGCAGGCUAUGAGGAUAUUGGGGCCCGGGGCGAGGCAGCAGCCCGUGGAGAAAGAAGAGGCCCCGAAGAAUGGGCCCAGCAGUGGAGGAGCUCCCUGCAGCCCAUGAUGGACAGCCUGGGCUACCCGAAACUGAGACCCUUUUCAGGCGAGGAAACAGCAGGCCCCGGGGAGGAGCCCUUCGAAGCCUGGGUGGAACAUGCCUACAACAUUAUGCACCAGUGGCACCAAUUGUCAGACAGUGAGAAGAAGCGGCGCCUGGUGGAUUGCCUGAGCGGCCCAGCCCUGGAUGUCCUAUGCACCCUCCUGGCCGAAGACCCCAAUCUCUCCAUGCAGGACUGCCUGGUGGCCAUGGUGCAGGUGUUUGGCACUCAGGACUCAUGCAUGGCCUCGCGGAUCAAGUUUCUCACCUGCACCCAGCAACCCGGGGAGACCCUGUUUGAGUACCUGAUGCGUCUGGAAGGGCUGCUGCAGACCGCCAUGGAGAAAGGGGCAGUUCACCCAUCUGUCGCUGACCAGGUGCGCAUGCGGCAGGUACUGACGCGAGGUCACCCUAACGUCUUGUUGUACAACAAGCUGAGGCGCAUACGUGUCCAAGGCCGGGCCCCUGAUUUUGUGGAGCUGCUGCAGCUGAUCCAGGAGUCGGAGGAGUCGGAGGAGAUGGAGGAGAUGAUGGAGGAGGUCGAGCCUCCCCAGGAAAGAAGGCUGGUGCUCCAGCUGCAGCAAGGGCCCUAUGAAGCGGCAGCAGCCUCUGCCACAGCCCAGUUCACAUCCCCGGCUGGAUACUCUGAACAGGUCAGUCCACCCGACCUCAGUGCUGACCUAGAUGAUGGAGAUUCCAACCCAGACGACGAAGGUGCCGGCUCAGAUGACGAAGGGGCUGCCGAGGCCAACCUGGGCGCUGCAGGUGCUGACCCAGACGACGAAGGUGGUGCCGAGGCUAACCUAGAUGCUGCAGGAGCCGACCCAGAUGACAAAGGGGCGAACCCCGACGACGAAGAUGCUGGCUCAGAUGACGAAGGGGCUGCCAAGGCCAACCUGGGCACUGCAGGUGCUGACCCAGACGAGGAAGGGGCCGACUCAGAUGACGAAGGAUCCACUGAGGCCAGCCUGGGUGUUGCAGGUGCCGACCCAGACGACGAAGAUGCCGACUCAGAGGAUGAAGGGGCCGCCCAGGCCCACCCAACUGCUGGAGAGUCCAACAUGGCCAUCGACAUGCCUGGAUCGCCCACUGUGGCUGGCCCAGAAGCCGAUGCUGCUGCAAAGGGUGCCCCUGCCCCUUAGGAAGGUGGGCACGCCUCCACCCCAGCUCACGUGGGCAGUGCUCCUGCGGCAGAGAGUGCAGGCACUGGAUCUCAGUGCCUUGGCCAGUGAGGGGUGACGCCCACCUCAGGACGGCAGGAAGAAGGAAGGUCUAGGGGUGGGGCUGGCUGCCGGAAGCUCCACUCCAGUUGUUCGUGACUCAGUUUCCUCAAUCUGAUGCCGUUUUCUUUGCUUUCUUUCAGUAUUGCCCUUUGCCUGUCCUGGGGGAGAGGGACGGCGGGGUGGGGGGGCUUAAGGCAGGAUCCCACCUUAGCCGAUCGAGUUGGGAAGGGACCUCCAGAAGUAUUGGACGUUGCCAGAGUUCAUUGUCCUGACAGGAGGCAGCCUGUGGGCUGCUGAGGGUCCUCGCUGGGGACCCCAGGGGGAGGGGGGGGUGUCCCUGGUGGUGGUUACUUGUCCCCUCUGUUAUGAUCCUUCCCUUCA